ACGUCGCAGGACCUCGCUCCCCGCGCGAGCAUGUAAACACCAAACUUUCGGUUUUGAGAUUUGUGCGGUGUAUCAGAAGAACACUCAGCAAAAUGUUCAUCUCCUCAGAGGAUUCGCCUGUCUGUUUCCAAGGUCUAACCCUUGUCAUGCCCGCCGUGGCUGUUGGUAACGUGGGCCAACUGGCUGUGGAUCUGCUCGUGUCGACACUGAACAUGAAAAGAGUAGGUUACUUCCACACAGACUGUCUCAUCCCCAUGGCUGGGAACAACCCCUACGCAAGCAGUAAAGAAGACAAAGAGGAGCUUCACACAGCUGCAGAAGUGUACACAGUUGACGAACUGAAGCUUGUCGUUCUUCAAAUCAGAGCUCCAGUUGUACAAAAGAAAUCAAAAAAGUUCCGCCAGCUGCUUUUGUCUUGGAUCAAAGAUAGUGGGUUCUCCAGGACUGUGGUGCUGUCCAGCAGCCAUGCCUACCAGAGAGAUGACGGACAGUUGCAGGGCACCCCGCUCAGGUACCUGGUCACACCUGCUCUCCAGAAGCUUUGUGCAGAAGCUCUGAAGGAGCUUGGCUGGAGGGAGAUGGAGCGUGUCAAGAGCUUCCCGGGAAUACAGGAUGCCGACACAGAGCCACAACUUCACAUUCCAGGAGGAGGAUUCACCAAGGGGCUUUUCACUGACAGCUGUAGUGAGGACGUGCCACUUGCUGUGCUGCUGAUCUUCUGCUCAGAGGGCGACAACAUCCCGGACGCUUUUACCCUCAUCAACCACCUCAAUGACUGGCUUCACUUGCUUGACUCUCCUAAUGAAAAUGCAAACAAGUGGAAGAUCCCACCUUCCUGGAGUCUUCUGUUCGGAAGCGGAAUUCCACCAGCACUUUUUUAGACAAGCCUCUAUUUUUACCACACAUAGUUGGAUAUUAAAUUGAGCUGGAUUAAGCGUUGAAUAAUACAUUUCUGAUUCAAACAAAAACUGCAUGGAAGCGGCAUUAUUUCAGAUGAAAUGUUUUCAUUGGGGUUGAAAAGCUGCUAGACUCAUAGGCUGACCUUAGGCUUUAUUUCCAUAUAAAAACACAGAGACUUAAGACGUAUUUAUUUCAUCAGAAAAAGUCAGAAAAUCAGCUGUAGCAAACUUUUUUAAACAAGCAAAAUAUGUCAUUUCAUUUUACACACAUAAAAAAAAGUGUAUGUACAUCACGGAAAUAUUUCCCUCAUUGGGGAGAGGGCACAUCUCUGGACCCUCUCCAGCAUCGGGAAUAAAUUAUUUCAAGUAAUCUCUUAUAGAAAAAUAGAGACAGUUUCUGUUGUGGAAAAAAAUAUUUUUAAAAAUACAAAUAAAAAAAGAAUUCAUUGGUGACGUCCAGUCUUACUGCAAUAUGUAUGAAGACAAAGCUACAGAGGCAAACUGUUUUCACUGAAGAGCAAAACCCCGGCAUGGAGUCACGUUUUCAGGUGUGAGACAAUCCUUCACCAGAAAACACUUGGCAGUUGUAGUUGACAAUUUAUAGAUUAAAUAAUAAUAAUAAUGUAAUUUCCCUCUGCCCACAAGAUGUUUAUUAAAAAAAAAAAUCACUGAAUCCGAUUGCUGAUUUAAAUGAUGCGUAAAGAAAUAGUUGUGCUGUGUUUUAAUUUCCCAAGUAACAGCCUUCUUCUGCAAAUUCCAUGUGAAAAAAAAGACAUUCUAUAUUUUAAAAAAACAGAAUGUGUUUUAUGUUAAUAGUUUCUAAUCAUGCUAUUUUACUGUUUACUUGCAGAUGAGUAAACUACUUUGGAAAGCGUCUCGACUCAAAUUCCCUUCCUAGAUUGUUUAGGCUCUGCUUCAACUCAUUGUAACAAAGAGUCGGAGUACGAUUAAAAAUCGUCUGGAUUCUGCCUCCAGUGAAACUAGUGCUCUUCUUCAAAAGCUGCAUUCAAAUCAAAGCGAUAACAUAUGAGUCCAGAAGUAGGAGCUGCUGCAGCAGGCGAACGCUGGUGUUUGUGAUCUCCUGAUAAUCGGCUG